AUGUGUGUUAAGACAAAGCCACGUUUUUUGCUCUUUGUGCUGUUGUUGCUAUUCGUUUCCCAUAGGACUUGCUUCUCCAUUGUAGAUGAUACCCUUUUGGUUGGCGAAUCUCUCUCUGCACGCGAGACCCUAAUAUCUCAAAACGGCACUUUUGAACUCGGUUUCUUCCAGCCAGGCACUUCUGAACUCGGUUUCUUCCAGCCAGGCACUUCUGUAAACAUUUACCUGGGAAUAUGGUAUAAGAACUUUGUAAAUAAGAUGAUUGUUUGGGUAGCAAACAGGGAGAGCCCUUCAAACGACCCAGCUUCAUCGAAACUUGAAUUGUCAGCUGAUGGCAAUCUUGUCUUGCUGACGAAUUUCACCAAAACAAUUUGGUCAACAGCUCUUGCAUCUUCAAUGUCGAAUACUAGUACAGCAGAAGCAGUACUUCUUGAUGAUGGAAACUUUGUCGUAAGAGAUGGCUCAAAUCCAUCUACCAUAUAUUGGCAGAGUUUCGAUUAUCCAACUGACACAUGGCUACCUGGUGGUAAGCUUGGAAUCAACAAGCACACUGGGCAAGUGCGGCGGCUUAUUUCCUGGAAAAACUCAGAAGAUCCUGCACCAGGUAUGUUCUCGAUGGGGAUCGACCCAACUGGAAGUGGUCAGUUUUUCAUAGAGUGGAACAGGUCACACUGGUAUUGGAGCAGUGGUCAUUGGGAUGGAGAAAUAUUUGCCUUGGUGCCUGAGAUGAGAAGAAACUAUAUUUUCAAUUUUAGUUAUGUAUCAAAUGAAAAUGAAAGCUAUCUCACCUAUUAUUUGUACAAUACCUCACUUCUUUCCAGAUUCGUGAUUGCUGUGUCAGGACAGAUUCAACAACUCUCAUGGAUAGACAGUUCUUGGGGUUGGUUUCUUUUUUGGUCUCAACCAAAAGUCCAAGCUGGUGUUUAUGGUUUAUGUGGGGCUUUUGGAGUCUUUCAUGAAAAUUCAUCAAGCUCUUGUGAAUGCCUGAAAGGUUUUAAACCAUUAGUACAAAAUGAUUGGUCAAGUGGUUGUAUUAGGAAAUCUCCUUUGCAGUGUCAAAAUAAGAGAAGUGUGGGAAAGGAAGAUGGAUUCCUAAAGAUUUCGAAUCUGACAUUACCUGCAAAUUCAAAAACACAUCAGAAAGUGAGUGCUGAAAGAUGUAGAUUGGAUUGCAUGGAAAUUUGUUCUUGCGUGGCUUAUGCCUAUAACAAUAACAGUGGGUGUUCUUUGUGGGAAGGAGAUCUUAUAAACUUACAACAAAAUUCAGGGGUUGCUGUUGGCCGGGCUGGAGCAGAAAUUUACAUCAGACUUGCUGCUUCUGAGCUUGAACUACAGAUUGGUAAUGGCAGUACCGGAACAGAUAAAAACGCAGACGCAGUGUUCCCUGUCGAAAAAAUAGGUAAUAUCAAAAGGACAAUACGGACAACCUUGGCUGUGGCUAUUCCAACUACUCUGAUUACCUUCGGCCUCUUCAUGUACUUCAGAUGUCUGCGCAAAGGAAAGCUCAUACACAGAGGGAAGGAAUAUACAGGUCACGAUUUAUUGCUCUUUGAUUUCGAUACCGAUCCUAGCUCAACAAACAAAGAAUCUAGCUCUGUUGACAAUCGGAAGAAUAGAUGGAGUAAGAACAUGGAAUUGCCAUUGUUCAGUUAUGAGAGCGUAUCAGUUGCAACUGGACAAUUCUCAGACAAGCUUGGAAAGGGAGGAUUUGGACCUGUUUAUAAGGGCAAAUUACCUACGGGACUGGAAAUAGCAGUGAAGAGGCUCUCAGAAAGAUCUGGGCAGGGGCUUGAGGAGUUCAGAAAUGAGACAAUUCUAAUCGCCAAACUCCAGCACCGGAAUCUUGUCAGGCUAUUAGGUUCCUGUAUUGAACGGGAUGAGAAAAUGCUAAUCUAUGAGUACAUGCCAAAUAAAAGCUUGGAUUUCUUUCUCUUUGAUGCAAACAGAGGACAAAUCUUAGAUUGGGGUACACGGAUUCGGAUAAUCGAAGGAAUUGCUCAAGGCCUUCUGUAUCUACAUAGAUACUCGCGGUUACGAAUCAUUCACAGGGAUUUAAAACCUAGCAACAUUCUAUUAGACAGUGAGAUGAAUCCAAAAAUAUCUGAUUUCGGGAUGGCUCGAAUUUUCGGAGGCAACGAAACUCAAGAACACACCAACAGGAUCGUUGGAACAUAUGGCUAUAUGUCCCCUGAAUAUGCUAUGGAGGGUCUCUUCUCAAUAAAAUCAGAUGUGUUUAGCUUCGGGGUGCUGGUACUUGAGAUUGUGAGCGGCAAGAAGAACACUAGUUUCUACCACAGCGACACCCUCCAUCUUCUUGGACAUGCAUGGAAGUUAUGGAAUUCUAAUAAAGCUUUGGACUUGAUGGAUCCAAUCCUGGGAGAUCCUCCUUCAACUGCUACGCUGUUGAGAUACAUAAACAUAGGGCUUCUUUGUGUCCAGGAAAGUCCUGCUGAUCGGCCUACAAUGUCUGAUGUUAUAUCCAUGAUCGUAAACGAACACGUAGCUCUCCCAGAACCUAAGCAACCUGCUUUUGUUGCAGGUAGAAACAUGGCAGAACAAAGACCAUUGAUGAGCUCUUCUGGGGUACCUUCCGUGAAUAAUAUGACAAUAACGGCGAUAGAUGGGAGAUAGUUUUUUCAUCAAGAGGUCUAAAGGACAUGAAGCUACUUCAUCAGAGGAAGCUAUGAGUAUGGAACGUAGACCAAGCUUAUUUGUAUAAGUUCUCCGAUUUGAAUCGUACAAUUGUUUGUUUCAGUUUUUCCUAUUAUUUUCGUUGUAUUGAAACACGAACAACAUCAAAUCAAGUAUUCAUAGAACACAUUUAAUUCAAA